CAAACGGUACUUUUAAUCUGACAAACAGCAAAUACAUAUUCUAAUCUAUUGAAUAUGAAUGUAUCUUACCAAUUUGAUUUAGGCCUGGAGUUUGUUUUGGCCAUUCUAAUGAAUGAAAAGAGUCAAACCUUCAGUCGUUGCUCUUCCUGUUUGUUUAGGGUCAUUGCCCUGAUGGAAAAUGAAUCCUAACCGGUGAGUAAAGUCUUUUGCAGCCUUUAACAGGUUUCCAUUCAGUAAUGGCCUGUAUUCAGUGAGAGCCUCCAUCAACUCUGAUCAAGAAGAACGUAAAGCUGCUGCUACUUUGUUUUACUAUACGAAUGGCGUAAUUAGAGCACUGUUAGUUUUCAGGAAACAUAUUGUGUUAUUGCUUUAUAUCAACAAUGGCUUCCUUAUCAACCAGGCUCCUUAAAAAAACAGAUUUGGGGAGCACAUGAUCACUAUUUGUGGUGCUCAAAGGAUUUCUGCAGCUACUCCAAUGCUACCAUGGAUAGUGUAUUUAGUGGCUUCUCUGAAUAAGGCUGUCCUUGCCCUCUUUUUCUUAGGAGGAAGGUCACUUCUUGGUUAGCAGUUGUGCCAGAAUUGUUUCCUUUUCUGAUGAUGGAUUGAACAGUGCUCUGUGAGACGUUCAAAACUUGUGAUCCAUCCAUUGUUCCAUAAUCUUCCGCUUAUCUGAUAUUGGGUCUCAGGGGCAACAGGUCGAAGAGGGAAACCGAGACAUCCCUCUCCUCGGCAACAUCCUCUAUCUCAUUCUCAUUCCCACCGCGUUCCCAGGCCAGAUGGGAUAUAAUCCCUCCAGUGAGUUCUGAGUCUUCGGCAGCGUCUACUCCCAGUGGGACGUUCCUGGCAAACCCCCAAAAGGAGCCGCUGAGGAGCUCAGUGUUAUGAAGCCCAGAGUACCUCAUCUGACUCCUUUCAGUGGAGAGAAGCAGUGGCUCUGCUCUGAGCUUCUCCCAGAUGACAGAGCUCCUCAUCCUAUCUGUAAGGCUGGGUACAGCUACCCUAAAGGGGAAGUUUUUUUUAACUGCUUUUAUGCAGUAUCUCGUUCUUUUGGUCAUGAUUCAUGUUUUGUGAUUGUAGUUGAGGCUUGUGAUAUUGUUUUUAUCACCUAACCCAGAUUUAGAGGUCCCCACAAUUUUAUAGUUGACAUUACUUUUGUACCCAUUGGUCUUCAUGUUGCAGUUUGUUCAGUAAUGUUUAAAAUAAACUGAGAGCUGAAAAACUUGUAAAAUUAAACUAUGCAAAGGCAGAGAGCAUUCGCUAAUUUGGUGAAUUUUGACAGCAGUUGCUUGCCAUAGAUUUUAUUCAGGUAAAUCAGAGUAAAGGUGGCUAAAUCGAAUAAAACAUGCCAAUUUUUUUCAGAUUUUGUCAGAAAUUUUGAAACCCAUCUGUUUUUGAAAAAGACAAAUGAUACCCAGUAUCUCUCAGAUUAAAUAAGGUUUGGCAUUGCAAUGUUGCAAAAUGUGGAAAAAUUCAAAUUAUGCUAUAGAAGCAUUGGUGAAAACUAUUCUUACUUAUUUGUAAACUAGCAAUUAAUGUACGCUUCUGUACCAUGAAGGAUAAUUCAUAUAAAGUUCCUUACACUUGUAGUAUCCCUGACCCAGUAUACAGGUAUACUUGAUCGGAUGCCAAAGUGUUAAUCAUUGCAGGCUUUUCCAAGAAUUAGAUGCUCCUUUUCCUGGCUAGAAUGUCAGGGAUUAAGUUUAAUAGGCUUCUGUUGUGUGCUGCCGUGGGCAUCGCUUUAGCACAAAUGUAAACCUCAAGCGUCCGUACGAACUAUGGACAUCAUUCUUUACCUACUGAUUGUAAUUCUGAUGAAAGUGGAACUGUGUGAAAGUUAUGCUCGAUGUUUAAGUGGGUGCAGCUGUAUUGAUGACCGUCAUGGAAGGUCACUCAUAUGUAUGGAAGAAAGCGCUUUUGGGGCUAUACCUGAGAACCUUCCAGCUGAUUUGACCAAAAUACGUAUAGAAAAAUCCCACUUCACUGAAAUCUCCAGAGGGGCUUUUUCCAAAACCCCUGCAGUGGAGAACCUGUGGCUGAACUUUAAUGAUAUCACAGUUAUAAACUCAAAAGGUCUGGAGGGUUUGAGGAACCUAACCGAGCUCCGUUUGCAAGGGAACAAGCUGCGAUCAGUACCAUGGACAGCGUUCGAAGACACACCAACACUCAAGAUCCUGGACCUGAAGCACAACCAGCUGGACGUCCUCCCAGAGCACGCUCUCAAAUUUUUGCAGGGGCUCACAUAUUUAGAUUUAUCCUUCAACCAGCUCACUGUCAUAUCGAAGGAAGUCUUUCAGAACUGGCCUCUCUACCAGAAAAUACACAGCACAGAGGAGCGGGAGGCCACUGCGCCCAGGCCAAACGUCGUCCUGGCACUGCACGACAACGCCUGGCUCUGCGACUGCCGCCUAAAGGGCUUCGUGGAGUUCAUCAUGUCCCUGAGUCCUCCGAUCAUACUGAUGAAUUCUUAUUUGACCUGCUCAGGGCCGAACUCUAGAACAGGCAAGUACUUCCAUGAGAUCGAGCUCCAGGAGUGCACCAAACCUGUUGUCAGUACCCCGAAGGCGAACAUUAGCCUGCCUCAGGGAUCCAACGUCACCCUGCACUGCUACGCCAAGGCGAGGCCAGACCCUGCUGUGUGGUGGACAUAUGGUCUGAAGAUAAUCAGAGGAUUUCAUGAGUCCCAAGAGAGAGUGUCUGAUGACACCAUUAGAUCCCACCUGGUAAUUCCCUCCCUCAGCGCAGCAGACCGUGGGGUCUACACCUGCACUGCUGUAAACUUCAUGGGGAACUCCUCAGUGAGCGUCCUCCUGGACGUCCGCUCUGCUGACAGCACCAUGUCAUCGCACCUCCCAGGCGUCCCUGCUGCAUCAGGUGGUGCUGAUCAAAAUGUCUUCAUCGACAUUCGCAUUGCCAAACAGACAGUGCGUGGAAUCUCUAUUGAGUGGUUUGCUGCCCUAGAACGCCCCUUGGAAACAUGGUUCACCAUCCACUUUGGUCGGGCAGAUGACGUCAAGAAAGAAAUUACCUACAUUGGGCCCGGGAUUCACUCCUACUCCAUGUCAGAUCUGAUGCCCGCCACCAAAUAUGAAAUCUGUGUGACUCUAAAGAACCAGACACCACGCCCGGGCCAGUGCAUUGUGUUUGUAACAGGAAGUGACAUCACCGAGAUGGAGCAGAGGGAGAAGCUAAUUCAUAUAGUAGUAAUAGUUCUAGCUAUGGUGCUAGCCGUACCUAUUGGCAUGUACGCCUGCACCACCGACACUCGAUUUCCCUGCUUUGAGGUUAUUAUGGAGUCCUGGAAGAGACGGCAGAGAGAAAGCAGCUCGUCUGGGAUGGAACAGGAAAGGCAGGGAACUUUUGACAGCCUGCAGGCCGCCAGUGAUGAGGAGCUGGUCAAUAAAGAUUUCAAUGAAGACAGAAAGGGCAAGGAGGUUGUUGGAAAGAUGUGAAAGAUGACCGUUGUAUCAGCAGUAUAUUUCAAGGAUUUGCAACAGUACACACAGCGUACAUCUGUUGAAACUUGUGCAUGUUUUUCUUAUCAGUGUUUAUAUGAUGAUUCAUUUUUGAUUAUUCAUUUGCUACGUGAUAUGGAGCCUUGACAUGAUCAACAUGGAUGAGAAUAAACGUCUACUGUAGGCUUGGGUUAGCUGGUGUCACCAUUCAGACAUACUUGAAAGAAAAUGGUCAGCUUCAUAAAAUGCUGUUUUAAAUAAAUGUCUUAACUGAUGUCUAGAUGUUUCUUUAUACAUCUUACUCUUUCUCUGGAUGUUUUUUUUAAUAGAGCAGCUGUAUGAAACAUUUUGCUCUGGUUUUGUUGAAGAAUUUGGAGUUAGUUUUCCUAAAGCCAAAAUCUUUGUGCAACGUAUUAUUACCACUGGUAGUGUCACAGACCCGCAGCAUAAUGCUGCUAUCACCGUGCUUGAAAGGUGGAACCAUGUUCUUGGGUUAGAAAGCUUAACCUUAAGUCCUCCAAACCUUCUUUUGGGAAAUGAAACUUAUAUUUUAAAUGAAUGUCUGGAUUCAAGUGUGCACAUGUUUUCUGCUCAUGCAGCAUAUUUUUGCUUAAGAGGUAGCUUUCUUAGAGCAUUCGUAAUUCGUGUUGGCUACUUGCUUCAGUCAAAGAACUUUGCUUGUGUGAAAAUAAUUUAUCAAUUAACUAAGUAUCGAAUGAUUUUUUUAAUGAAAUAUUGCAUGAUUUACCUCAUGAUAUGUAAAAAUGUAUGCAAAUGACAUUCCCUUAAGUAAAAAUAAAUGUGAAGGACUUCUUUUCGAGUUUGCUUAUUCGACUAAUGGAUCUUUGGUUAAUAUGAAAAAAAAAAAAAAAACAUUUUGAACGUUAGGGUUAAUUGUAUUUUGACAUAAUACAAUUAACCCAAUGUGACAGAAUCAGCCAUGGUCAAUCAGUCAUUUACCAGCUCAUUCAAAAGAAAUGCAACUAUUUGCACAUCAUUAGAAUGCUAUAAAGACACAUUAUUGAUGGUGAAAAAGUCCUUUAUCUUACCUGCUAGCUUACUCCCUCACACACACAGGGUCAGGGUCUCAGAUUUCUGAAUUAAGCUGGCUAGAGAUGUGGCCGAGGAGGCAGAUAAAUGCAGCAUCUGUCUGUGGCUCAGGAGGAAGUAUGAGUUGGGGGGGCCAAAUAACACCUAGGCCAUCAGCAGGGGGAGACAGGGAGAAAUGCCUGCCAUCACCCUGCCCCCAUGAGAUAUACUGGGGUUGAAGACAUUUUAAAUAUGUAUGACUAGUGGCCAGCAGGUAGACUAUCAACUCGUAUCUUCAGAAAUCUGUUACAUUUGACGUUUGUCUAUAAAUGAAUGAGACAGUUUUCUUUUCAAAUCCUCAUUUUCUCUGCAUGCAUGUACAUUAAUUUUCAAUAAAUUCGAAUAUGUUUGCGAUGAGGCUCAUUUGUCAGAUUGAACAUGCUUUCACUAAGCCCCCAUUUCUGUAUUGAAAUACUUUUUUACUGAUGUGACGUGAUAUUCUCAUCUUGAAUUGUGUGUUUUUACUAUCUGUAAAUGGAAAAUCAUCACUAUUAACAGAAAUGAAUUUAAUAUACCAGUGUGUAUGUAAUUAAUCUAUAUAAUAUGUUCAAUUUAGUGAGUCAGUGAAAUAAAUGAACUUUUCAACAAUAUUCCAAUUUAUUGAGUAUGACUGUACAGCUUCAGCUCACUGUCUUGUCUGUGAAGGCAGCAUGGCAGCUGCACGUCACAGUUGCACUGACGGGCUGGGACAGAUGGCACUUCGGAUAUGUAGCAGCCAAUCGCAUUGUUCAUUUGACAUAAGACCCAAACACUCGCAUCCUCUCUAACAUCCCUCCCGCCGUCACUUUAUGAUCAGAUCAGACAAACCAACCCCCCUGUCUCUUGCAUCUCCCUCUGUUGUUACCAGUGACGUAAAGAGAUCUGUUCAGCCGUGCUUGGAUUCGUUUAGGAUCAGGGUUUUAAACAGCUGACUGCGAUUGGCAGCUCUCAUUUUCUGGCAGGCAGAUGUUAUGUUAUUGUUCAUAUGUGGUUAUGUGAUUUUGGGGGUGGUGUAAGGUUGCAGCCUUUUAGUGUAAAAUCCUCUAUCCCUAUAUGACACAAGAAAACGUUGGUUUCAUCAUUUCUCAGUUUAGGUUAUUUUAACGAACCUCCUUUGGUAAUGAAGUGGCUCUGCAACGGGACUUUAAAUACUAUUGUUCAGAGAUUAGUUACAUACAGAUGCAGUUAGACACAACGAGCCAUGCAACAUUUUUUUACCUCCCUCACAGAUUUCUUCUAUUUUUAUUUGUUUUGCACUUUUAGAUAUUUACAAUCCAUAUGCCUAAAGCUAUGAGUGUUUUCUUUGUAAAGCAUCAGCACUGUUGGCAACUUUAAGCUCUACAAUCUCUUUUCAUAUAGCUCAGUAAUCCUGGCUACCUUUGACAUGGUUUAAUCUGCGACUCAUAUAG